UAGUUGUCUUCUCUCUUUGUACGCUGAAACUCGAACAUAAGCUAUGAUGAACUCAAUCGAGAAAACCCUAAUCAUUCAAGCCAAUCCUUUUUCCCUCGCUUUCUUCUUCAAUCGAGAAUUGAAUGCAAUGCAUGGAAUACCCAUAUCGUGCUUUCUUCCUUCCAUUGGCGGUUCUCAACAAAAUUCAAUCUUUCGUUUUCCUCAUGGCUAGGAUGAGCAAGUGGCCCAACCUGAAGUUCACCAGCCAAAGUGGCUUCAGGAUUUUUUGGGGAAAAAGUUUUUCAGGGCAUGUUCUGCUCAUUCAGAUCGAAGGAAUGAGUUGAAUAUAUACUGUAUAAAUUGCAAAGAAUCUGCUUGUCAGUAUGGUCUAUCAUCAGGAUUUCAUCAUGAUCACCGGAUACUUAAAAUUUAUAAAUAUAUGCACAGGGAUGUUGUCUGCCAAACUGCUAUGCAGACAUAUAUAAACUGCUCCAAGAUUAAGCAAUACAAAUGCAACAACCGGCAGGUUCUGCAUCGUCUCCCACGAUGUGGAUCAACAUUGGAUGAUACAUCAUCAUGCAGCUUUGGCAGCAGAAACUCAAAUGGAGCUAACUCAUACCAGUACUGCUCCAUUGCUUGCAAGUACAAAGAUAUGUCAAGAAAGUCUGAAGAUUCAAUUCCUACUCGGGAAUCACAAGGGGAAACUUCUGAGCCUCAAAAAAGGAAACGAAAAGGAACACCACACAGAGCUCCUUUCUUCUGAUCAAAGAAAGUGUAGCGAUAUAUAUCUUUGCUGUUGUGGAAAUUGUAGGGUGAUACUUUGUGUAAACAUGCUUUCUCAUAAUUCUAUUUCACCAUAUUGUUCAAAUCAUUUAAUAGCUUUUUUACUUGAAGGAGUUUGAGUUAGUUGGGGGUUGGAAUAAUUGGUUGAAUAAUGCAUUUUGCUUAAACAUAUUAAAAGGAGAAAUAAAUUGUCAUUUGAGAUUGAAUCA